AUGGGCAAACGGAAAGCGAAAACCGUUGCAGCCGUUGAACCUGAGCCAGAACCAGUGACACCCACAAAAAUGUCCAAGAAAAACAAAAAUAAAAAGAAGCAGACACCAAUUAUAGCUGAGACCCCGGUUGAGAUUGUAAAACCCUCGCCAAAAAAGAACAAAUCCAAAACUGAGAAGUUGAAUGCUUCAAUUUUGGAGGACAUCACUACCCCAAGCAGGAAGAGUAAGGGUGAGCAUGGUAGUCAUCAUAAACACUCCAGAAAUGAUAGUGUUUCUGAAGAAAGUACAGCCAGCAGUCCCAAAAAGAAGCACAAGAAAGAAAAAGAGCACAAAACUCCAGUAAAAGUCAAAGAUGAAGAAAGUGAAGAAGAAGCCAUGUGUGAUGAGCUGAUUCCACCAGUAAUAACUGAAGAAAAUGGCGAUCCUGAGGCAGAGAUUGAUUUGUUGGAGAUUCCAAAAGCUGAUUUGCAAUUACUUUUAAAUGGUAUCCAAAAAUUGUUACCAGAGACUGAAAGUAUCACUCCUAAGGCCAGAACUAAAAAACUGGACUGGGAAAAGGUUGCAUUUGGUGACUACACAGCCGAAAGAUGCGUAAAGAUCUGGGACGCGAUCCAGAAACGACAAAGACAGUACCGCUACAUGUCUGAACUCAUUGAAGACGCUUUGGUAUGGUUAGACACACCCUGGCGAAGCGCAAAAAAGAAAGCCACCAAACAACACCCUGACUUUCCCAAGCGACCUAAAUCUGCUUUCCUUCUAUUUCUCCAAGAUGCUAAAGCAGACAUUAUGCGCGACACGAAAGACGCGAAAAUUACAGAAAUCGCGCGCAUUGGUGGCCAAAGGUACAAGCAACUUUCCGAAGCCGCAAAACAAAGCUACUUGGACCGUGCUGCUGUAAGCAUGCGCAAGUACGAACGUAAAGUGGAACAAUUUUACGAGAAACAUCCGCAAUUCAAGACUGAAGUGGUCCAAAAGUACCCAGGACCAAAGAAACCACGCACUGCAUUCACACUGUUUCUGGAAGAUCACCUCAGCAAGGAGGAACAUGUCGCUGAUAAAAGCGCAUACAAAAUGGCGUCGAAACAAGCAUGGAGCAAAAUGUCGGCUAAGCAGAAACUGCCAUGGAUUAAACAAGCAGUUGCCGAGCAUAGAAAAUACUUGGAUGAAGUUCAAGUGUACAACUUUUCACAUCCUACUGAAGUAGUGAAGCCAUUGAAGACAAUCCUCAACAAAGAAGAGCUGCAAAUGUUGAAUAAAUCCGAAGGUAAACCAUCGAAGCCGCCAACAUCUGCUUAUAUUCUAUUUUCACAACAAUUGAUGUCUUCGGGUGAGUUAUCGGGAUUAGCUGCGAAGGAUCGCGUGAAAACCAUAGCAGCAAAAUGGAAUCAAGUAAGCAAAGAGGAUCGCGAUGAGUAUGAAAAGAAAUUGAAAGUGAUACAAGAAAAGUACAAAAAGGAUUAUAAAGUAUACCUGGAUAAAUUGCCAGAGGAAGAACGGGCACAAUUGGAGUUGGACAUGGAGAAGAAGAAAAAAGAAGACCGAGAAAGUGAAGAAGGAGAAAAGACAAUCUGUUUCAAAACGUGAUGUGACAAUGCAAGCUUUACCAAAGCACUGGUCAACAAUGAGCGAAGACGAGAAAAAGAUUUACGUGUCUUGGCUGAACCGCGUUCGGGACCACUUCGAGACGAAGCUCAACGAGAGUGUAAAAGUGGAAGAAAAUGUACCUGGUGAGACUGCCGACGAUGAUGAUGAUGAAGAGGACGACGAGGCUGAUGCCGAAGCAGAAGCAGAAGCCAAUGACGAUUCCGGCGAGUCCGAGAGUGAAAGCGACGCGUCUUCCGACUAACCAACUAAAGAUUGUUACUCGUUUCUGUUUGUACUUGUACUUUUUAACUCGUUUGAUGUUUUAUCCCUUCUUUUUUUUUGUAUAUAUUAGUAAUGAUAAGUUGUCCUCACAGAGAGUUUAUGACGAUUCAAACGAUUGUUAUCACACAAAUUUGUGUACAGAGUAUGUAAGAUGAAGAAAUCCAUUAUUUAUUGAAUAUAACACAAUUUGCAAACAA